AGUGGCAUUGAUGUCAGUUUGCCUUAUCUCCCGCAUUAAACGAAGAAACUUUGAACUUUAUGGUCAUCAACUCAUCCCUUGACCUCUCUUUAACGUCUUUAAUCUUUUAUUCUCUGUAACGUCUCUCCCUUUGGCCCUUCCCCUAUCUCUUCUUCAUCGGCCAAAGCUCUCUCUCCCCUCGAUUUGGGAUUAUUUCUAGGCCAAUUAGAACUUAGGAGCUAAAAUAGCUCAUCUCUUCUUCACUACGAUUUGGAGGCUUGUCUUUUUCACCUUAGUCCACCAUUGAAUUGUUUGGGUCCUGUUGUGUGAAGGCCCAAACCUCCUAUUCUUCUCCCUCCAAAAUCCAAGAAUAAAUUUUCCAAUUUGGAGUCUGGAAUUGGAAUCAGAAGCCCUAGCAUCUCCUAUGUAAAGUAUAAAUUGUCGAAUAUAUCGUUGAGAAUGGCGAUUUAUCGAGCAAGUUCAUGGCUUUCCAGAACCUUCUCUACCGUUUCUUCAUGCCCUCUACGUGUAUGUAUUGUCGGAAGUGGACCAGCUGGUUUCUACACGGCCGAGAAGAUGCUGAAAGCGCACCAAGAAGCACAGGUUGAUAUUGUUGACCGCUUGCCAACACCUUUCGGAUUAGUCCGCUCUGGCGUAGCACCUGAUCAUCCUGAAACUAAGGCUGUAAUCAAUCAGUUUUCCCGUGUUGCACAACAUGCACGCUGCUCAUUCUUUGGAAAUGUAUUUCUUGGAUCGUCCAUUUCUCUCUGUGAGCUCCGCAAGCUGUAUGACGUGGUUGUGCUUGCCUAUGGUGCCGAAAGUGAUAGAGUUCUUGGCAUUCCAGGAGAAGAUUUGGCCGGGAUAUACUCUGCUAGAGAAUUUGUUUGGUGGUAUAAUGGUCAUCCAGAUUGCGUAGGCCUUAAUCCUGACUUAAAGAGCACUGAUACGGCUGUAAUUCUUGGCCAGGGUAAUGUAGCUCUUGAUGUUGCACGUAUUCUUCUAAGACCAACUGCAGAAUUGGCGACAACUGACAUUGCAAGCCAUGCUUUGGCUGCUCUUGAGGAGAGCAAUAUAAGGAAGGUGUAUUUGGUUGGUAGACGUGGACCAGUCCAAGCAGCUUGUACCACUAAAGAGCUUCGUGAACUUCUUGGUAUUAGAGACCUGUAUGUUAAUAUACAGAAGGAAGAUCUUCUCAAAACCCCAGUAGAUGAGGAAGAGCUGAAGAAUAAUCGAAUUCAGAGAAGGAUUUAUGAGUUGCUUUCUAAGGCAGUCACCACAGGACCUUCUCACCCCAGUCCAGGACAACGUGAGCUGCACUUUGUCUUUUUUCGGAAACCUGAUAGGUUUUUACACUCACGUGAAAGAAUUAGCCAUAUAUCCGGUGUCCGCCUUGAGAAGACAGCUCUUCAUGGUGUUGAACCUGGAAAACAGAUAGCUGUGGGUAUCAAACAAUUUGAAGACCUUGGAUGCGGGAUGGUGCUAAAGAGCAUUGGGUACAAAUCAAAACCAGUUGAUGGCUUACCCUUUGAUAAUCAACAAGGUGUUGUUCCAAACAUCAAAGGUCGAGUUUUGAGAGAUACACAUGCAGAUCCUCAAGUGGUCGAAGAAGGUUUGUAUGUAUGUGGAUGGUUGAAGAGAGGGCCUAGUGGAAUCAUUGGUACAAACCUCUACUGUGCUGAAGAAACUGUUGCAAGCAUAUCCGAAGAUGUUGAGCGAGGAUUAUUAAAAGCAACUUCUAGCUUACUCAAGCCGGGUAGAGAGGGUCUUCUUCAGUUGCUGGACGAUCGUAAUGUCAGAGUUCUACCAUUUACUGCUUGGGAAAAGAUAGAUUCUGAAGAAAGAAGGCGUGGGAGCAUAAAUAACAAGCCCAGGGAAAAACUGGCAACAUGGGAAGAGCUGGUGAAAGUAGCUAUGGAGUAAUUUCAGACACCAAUAGUCCAAUGUACACUCUUUUUUCCGUUUUCCUCCUAAACUAGAAGAAGAAGAAUUUUUUAUUUUAUUUAAUUUUUAAAUAAAUGAAGCGUUGAUUCAAUUCAUUUGGGCAGUUCACUUUGUGCAUGAGCUACCAAACUUAAUUUUUAAUCCAUUUGAGUUUAUUUUCAUGA